UAUAUACAUAGACAAUAUCGGUGUGUAGCAUUGUUAGAUUUAAGACAUAUAUUAGAUUAGAUUAGAUAUGGAGGAAGAGAAAGGCAUUAGAGGGAAUGGCAAGAUGGUGGAGAAAGAAAGCAAGAGGCAGCAACGAGGAGGCAUCCGAACAUUACCUUUCAUCCUUGCAAAUGAAGUGUGUGAUAGAUUUGCGAGCGCUGGAUUUCAUGCAAACAUGAUAACCUACCUUACACAACAAUUGAAUAUGCCAUUGGUUUCAGCUUCCAACACUCUCAGCAACUUUAGUGGAUUGUCUAGCUUGACUCCUCUUCUUGGUGCUUUCAUUGCUGAUUCUUUUGCAGGAAGAUUUUGGACCAUUGUUUUUGCAACUCUCAUCUAUGAACUGGGACUAAUUACUAUAACAACAUCAGCUAUAGUGCCUCAUUUUCGUCCUCCACCCUGCCCAACACAAGUGAAUUGUCAAGAAGCCAAAUCCUCACAACUAUGGAUACUCUAUCUAGCACUCUUUCUCACAUCUCUUGGAUCAGGUGGCAUUAGAUCAUGUGUUGUGCCUUUUUCAGGAGAUCAAUUUGACAUGACCAAAAAAGGUGUUGAAUCUAGAAAAUGGAACCUCUUCAAUUGGUACUUUUUUUGCAUGGGAUUUGCUUCAUUAAGUGCUUUGACCAUUGUGGUUUACAUUCAAGAUCAUAUGGGAUGGGGUUGGGGUCUUGGUAUUCCAACCAUUGCUAUGUUUAUAGCUAUCAUUGCUUUUCUGUUGGGAUCAAGACUCUACAAGACUUUGAAACCAAGUGGAAGCCCAUUUCUAAGAUUGGCUCAAGUGAUUGUGGCAGCAUUUAGAAAGAGGAAUGAUGCUUUGCCAAAUGAUCCUAAGCUUUUAUACCAAAAUUUGGAGCUUGAUUCUUCUAUAUCUUUAGAAGGAAGGCUUUCGCACACAGAUCAAUACAAGUGGCUAGACAAGGCUGCAAUUGUAACAGACGAAGAAGCCAAAAAUUUGAAUAAACUACCAAACUUAUGGAACUUAGCCACUGUCCAUAGAGUUGAAGAGUUAAAAUGCCUGGUUAGAAUGCUUCCAAUUUGGGCAUCAGGAAUUCUACUCAUAACUGCAUCAUCAUCUCAACAUAGUUUUGUGAUUGUACAAGCUCGUACAAUGGAUCGUCACCUCUCUCACACAUUCGAAAUUUCACCGGCCAGUAUGGCAAUUUUCAGCGUGCUAACCAUGAUGACAGGUGUUAUUCUAUACGAACGCUUAUUCGUUCCAUUCAUCCGUAGAUUCACAAAGAAUCCUGCUGGAAUCACAUGUUUGCAAAGAAUGGGAAUAGGCUUUGUGAUUAACAUUAUAGCCACUAUAGUUUCAGCAUUGGUGGAAAUCAAAAGAAAAAAAGUUGCUUCCAAAUACCACUUAUUAGAUAGUCCAAAAGCAAUUAUCCCUAUAAGUGUGUUUUGGUUGGUACCUCAGUAUUUUUUGCAUGGAGUGGCUGAAGUUUUCAUGAAUGUUGGACAUUUAGAAUUUCUCUAUGAUCAAUCACCUGAAAGUAUGAGAAGCAGUGCUACUGCUUUGUACUGCAUAGCUAUUGCUAUUGGACACUUUAUUGGUACAUUAUUGGUAACACUUGUGCAUAAGUAUACUGGUAAGGAGAGGAAUUGGUUACCUGAUAGGAACCUCAAUAGGGGAAGAUUGGAGUACUAUUAUUUUCUUGUUUGUGGGAUUCAAGUCAUAAAUUUCAUUUAUUAUGUAAUAUGUGCAUGGAUUUACAAUUACAAGCCCUUGGAAGAAAUAAAUGAAAAUAAUCAAGGGGAUUUGGAACAGACCAAUGGAGAACUCUCAUUGGUUAGUUUAAAUGAGGGUAAGGUGGAUGAGAAAAGAGAAUUUGCAAAGGAUGAAUGAAUUAUGAUCUUGUUGGUAGUAGCAUUGUACUUAGAUAAAAAUGUAAGUACAUGUCAUAGUUUAUUAGUCUUUUGAUUCCAUUUUCUUAAAUAUAAAGAAUUACUAUUAGAAAAUAUAUGAAUAAAGUUAUGAUUAUAAGUCUAAAUCUUGAUCUACUUGCAUUAGCUAAAAAUGAUGUCCAAGAAUAACCUCAAAAGAUGGUUGGACAGGUCGGUCUUUCUAUUUCUUUGUCAAGAUCACAUGAAAAACACAAGGAUGUGUUUAAUUUCCUUUUAUAUAUGGAUGGGUGUGUAAGAUGUUUCCAUUCCAUGCAUGGCUUACCAGAAGGAUCUAGAAUUUGAAAGAAGAAAAAUUGAGGCGAAAGUAUGAUGGGCUGAGCUUGUUACUUGAAUGAAUGUCAUCUGUUUCUGAUUUAUAUGGUGAAAAAUGUAACAAAUAUCAGUUUAAAGUUGGUUAGCAGAUAAUUAUUUAGUGUCAAUUGGAGUUGAACUUUAGCCCUCUCAA